AAAAGGCCAAUAAAAAGAGAUAUAUAACAUGCAUAUAACACAAGUGUUCUCUUGAUCAUAUAGAGUGAUAAAACUUCAAAACUUUAACAAUGGGAGGAGGUGAGUUAUGUUCAAGAUUUGGAACAACAAGAGUUUGUGAAAACUUGAAUGAUUAUAUUUCCGGUAGCAUGAUCGGAAAAUACUUCAAGUUACAAGCAAGAAAGACAUGUUUCACGACGGAGCUCCGGGCAGCCACCGCCACCUUCCUCACCAUGGUCUACAUUAUCACCGUCAACGCCACCAUUUUAUCAGAUUCCGGUGGCACGUGCACCGUUUCCGACUGCACACCACCUUUCAACCAAACAAGUCCGGCGGAGGCGGUUACUCCGCCAGACUGCAUGUUCAAGCCCAACACGGGCUACGAACAAUGUGUUUCAAACGUUAAAAACGAUCUUAUUGUUGCGACUGCAUUGUCGUCGAUGAUUGGCUCGUUGGCGAUGGGUGUUUUCGCCAACUUGCCGUUGGCGUUGGCUCCUGGUAUGGGACCCAACGCCUAUCUGGCUUACAACUUGGUGGGUUUUCAUGGGUCGGGCUCGGUUUCUUAUGAAACCGCGAUGGCUAUUGUGUUGGUGGAGUCUUGUGUUUUUUUAGCCAUCGCGGUUUUUGGGCUUCGUGCCAAGGUGGCACGGUUUAUACCGCGCUCUGUCCGACUGGCGAGUGCGGUUGGGAUUGGGCUUUUUAUAGCAUUUGUGGGUUUGCAGGGUAACCAGGGUGUUGGACUUGUGGGUCCGGAUCCAGAUACCUUGGUUACCCUAGCUGCAUGCACACGCAAAGAUAGUAUAAUGGGUGCAUGCACGCAUGGGAUCAUGCAAAGCCCUACCUUCUGGUUGGGCUUUGUAGGGUUUUUGAUCACAUGUUAUGGGUUAAUGAAGGAUGUCAAAGGAAGUAUGAUAUCGGGUAUCUUGGUUGUUACCCUAAUAUCAUGGUUUCGGCACACAUCUGUGACAAUUUUCCCCGACACGCCUCUCGGGGACUCGAGAUACCAAUACUUCAAAAAAGUGGUGGAUUUUCACAAACCCGAGUCCACUUUGGGCGCGAUAAGCUUCACUAGUUUUAAUCGAAGCGAAGUAUGGGUCGCCUUAUUUACAUUACUAUACGUUGACAUACUCGCCACCACAGGCACGCUAUACACAAUGGCGGAGCUAGGUGGUUUUAGUGACGAAAAAGGCGGGUUCCAAGGAGAAUACAUAGCAUACAUGGUCGAUGCAGGGACCUCGAUUGUGGGGUCCACACUCGGGGUCUCUCCAAUCGCUACGUACAUAGAAUCCUCAGCCGGAAUCCGAGAAGGUGGACGAACCGGUUUAACCGCCAUCUUUGUCGGAUUCUACUUUCUUUUGUCUAUAUUUUUCAUACCAUUGUUUAGUAGUGUGCCACCAUGGGCCAUUGGCCCAUCUUUAGUAAUUGUUGGGGCUUUGAUGAUGAAGGUGAUCAAAGAUAUAGAUUGGAACAACAUCAAAGAAGGAGUGCCUGCAUUUGUGACCAUUUUGAUCAUGCCUUUAACAUAUUCGAUUUCGAAUGGGAUUAUAGGCGGAAUAGGGAUGUACAUUGCGCUUAACUUAUUUGAUUAUGGAGUUGGGUUGUUUAAAUGGUUGAUCAAGAUGAAGAAAAUGGUUUCAAAUGAACACAAUCAAGUGUCGGCAACAGUUGCAGCAGAUCGAAUCGUUGAGGUGUUGUAAAUAUGAUCAUGGGUAGUUGAGUUUAAAUGGGUUGUGUUUGAGUUGAGUAAAACUGACAAAAGAUGCACGAGCUACCAUGAGAAUGGAUUUCUAUGGCCGUUCGUGCAUCUUUUUUAUGGUAUAAUUUAGGGUUUCCAUUUCUUGUUUUGGUGUGUUUAUUAUGUUAUCACUUAUCAGUGUGGAAUCUAAUAUCAUGUUUAAAGUCUUAUCACUUUUUAGUUUUUAUUUUCUUGACAUAAAAUAACAUGAUUUUGGGUUGUUA